CAUGUACGUUGUCGCGUUUACUAGAGCGUACGCAAUGGUAUCGGCUUAGUGAAUCCUAUUAUAACCAACGCUUGGGUGUUAUUCUAUUACACCUGCAAAGGGUCAGCGUCGUGUAAAUAAUAAUGAAAAAACAGUAUUCAUUAACCCUCAGUGUCCGUUGUAUGUUAUGUAACCCAAUAUAAACCAUAAGUUAUGAGCGUUGAUUAGUAUUUGAACGAGUCAAAACAUAUUUCGCCAUUCAAAAUGAUAUGGCGAGUCUAAUGACGAAUUUAUUUUUUCUGUACGGAAUUUAUGUUCUUACUAUCGGACAAACUGCAUUGAGUUCACAGAAUUUUUUUCGGCACUGUUACGCGCGGCGUCACAAGCGUUCGGCCGGCCCGACGUACAGGUACCGGCCACACGUAUCCGAUUGCACGUCGUCGUCCUCUACCGUUUCUGUCAUGGACGACGGCUGCGAAGUACCACGACGACCACUGCCAGCUCCACCGCAGCCGGCCUUGCCGGCAACCGAAAUAUUGAAGCCAUCAUCAGCACCGCGAUCGACCACUGUACGAUCGGAACCACCAUCGACCACCGAAUUAUCGAAGCGGCCACCAACACCGUCGACCACUGAAGUAUCGAGAAAAUUACUGUUGCCACCACCGCUCUCCCGCCAAGGGCUUUACAAACACUUGUUACUGGUCACCGGGCAGGUGCACCACGAGUACAUCGGCGAGUGUUCGAUCGCGGCACAAGUGCGCGACCUUCAAGACCUCGGCUCAAUGUUGCCCGUUACCAGUGCCGGUGAUUUCGUGCUGGUCCAAGUGGGCACAGGCUGGCGUCUCAACAUCCGGCUGCUGGACGUGUUGGUCGACCGGCUGGGAAACGUAUCCGUGUACGUGGACAAGAAAUACUACAGCAAAACGAUGACCAAACACUGCCGGAACAUCGGCCCCCGGUGCAAGUUACUCGUCAGUCUUGUGCCCGUGCUCGAGCAGCUCGAAUCUGGUGCUGUAGCACAGUCCACAUCGGAAGCCGAUGACGGUUUCCGCAUGUAUGACCCCGACUGGAUUCCAGUGCCCGCGUUGCCACCCCUGCCUCGCAACUUCACUGGCAACACUGAGAAGCAAAUCGAAUAUUUGACGUGGCGGCUGUGCGUCCGGGACAGACGUCGUAAUUUCUACUACAAAAUCGAUAAAGAUUCACCGCUAUCCACCCUGAGUGAUCAGAGUGACAUUACCGAGAGCGAAAAUGUCGUUUUUGAGACUAGCUUGUCGCUCACGGAUAUAUUACCGAUCAAUCCGAAGAAUUAUGACAAAAACCGCGCGCCCAAAGUUCAAGGGCAACCAACUAUUGUUUACUUUCAUGUGACAGUGCUGUCUUUAGAUUCAAUCAAUGAAGAAUCGAUGACAUACGUGGCAGACAUAUUUUUGGCGCAAAGUUGGCGUGACCAGAGACUUCGACUUCCAGAAAAUAUGAGUGAAGAUUAUCGUAUACUUGAUGUCGAAUGGUUACACGAAAUAUGGAGACCAGAUUGUUUUUUCAAAAACGCAAAAAAAGUCACGUUUCACGAAAUGAGUAUACCCAAUCAUUACCUAUGGUUAUACCACGACAAGACUUUAUUAUACAUGUCCAAAUUGACGCUGGUAUUAUCGUGUGCAAUGAAAUUUGAAUCAUAUCCACAUGACACACAAAUAUGUUCCAUGAUGAUCGAAAGCUUAUCUCACACAACUCACGAUUUGGUUUUUAUAUGGAAUAUGACAGAUCCAUUAGUGGUGAAUCCAGAAAUUGAAUUACCUCAACUCGAUAUAUCAAAUAAUUUUACUACUGACUGCACAAUAGAAUAUUCAACAGGAAAUUUCACCUGUUUGGCCGUGGUGUUCAAUUUGCGACGACGUUUAGGGUACCAUUUGUUCCAUACAUACAUUCCUUCAGCACUAAUUGUAGUCAUGUCAUGGAUUUCGUUUUGGAUAAAACCUGAAGCUAUCCCGGCUAGAGUAACGUUGGGCGUGACUUCGUUACUGACGCUCGCUACGCAAAACACUCAGUCACAGCAGUCCCUCCCACCGGUCUCUUAUGUUAAGGCUAUUGACAUAUGGAUGUCAUCGUGUUCAAUUUUUGUUUUUUUGUCCCUGAUGGAAUUUGCCGUGGUCAAUAACUAUAUGGGACCAGUAGCGACUAAAGUGAUGAAAGGAUAUUCAGAAGAAGAUAUUAGAGGAGGAGACGAAUUCAAGGAAUUGGACCCUAAAAACCGAAGUCCUAUCAGAAGUAUGGCUACUGUAGCCACCGUGCCACAGUAUCCGACUUUCUGCAAUGGUCGCGCAAUUGCAUUGUACAUAGACAAGUUUUCCAGGUUCUUUUUUCCGUUUUCAUUUUUCCUACUUAACGUCGCCUACUGGACUUCGUUUUUAUAAGUAACUGCUAUCUAAGUAUUUUUCUGUACAUACCCACAGACUUGCACUAUAUGACGUCAGUUUCACAUUGCUGCUAUAAUGACAAUGCACUAAACAUUAUUCUGAUAUGAGUAAUAGAAAAUAAAAUGUAGGUACACUACUUGUAUUGUUUAUUAGUUGAUAAGACAUGUCAUAUAUUAAGAUAAUAUAAUGACAAAAAAAAUAUCAAAUAUAUGUUAGUAUUUAUAUGUGUAUAAGGUUUAUAAGUUAAAUACUAGACAGUUAUUGAUAAUUUAUGUAUAAGCCAAUAAAUGAUCUACACUUAAAAAAAUGUGAG